UGUCCAGAGCUGAGCUUGCCAUACUUGAACCUUGGUAUUUUCGUCUCUGUCUCUUUCUCUACCGAAUUCAUAAUAUUUCUCUGAACUCAAAACCCUUCUCUUGUUUUUUCAGCGCCCCAUUGAUUACACAGCCUUAGCAGCCCGAAAUCAUGGCUCUGAUCUUGCAUGCGGGCAACACAAAUAAGAAUGCCUAUAAGGCUCUCAUCGCUGCAGAAUAUAGUGGCGUGAAAGUUGAGUUGGUCAAAGAUUUUGAGAUGGGUGUUUCCAACAAAACCCCAGAGUUUCUCAAAAUGAACCCCAUUGGGAAGGUUCCGGUCUUGGAAACUCCUGAAGGUCCUAUUUUUGAGAGCAAUGCCAUUGCAAGAUAUGUUACCCGGUUGAAGGCUGACAAUCCUCUCUAUGGUUCUUUGCUGAUUGAUUAUGGCCACAUCGAGCAAUGGAUUGAUUUUGCAUCUCUGGAGAUUGAUGCCAAUAUCUUGCGCUGGUUUGUUCCAAGGAUGGGGUUUGCUGUAUAUCUUCCUCCGGCGGAGGAAGCUGCCAUUUCUGCGGUCAAGAGGAGCUUGGAAGCCUUAAACACACAUCUUGCUUCUAACACCUAUCUAGUUGGACACAGUGUGACAUUGGCCGAUAUUGUCAUGACAUGUAACUUGGUUCUUGGAUUUAGCCGGAUCAUGACUAAGACAUUUACCUCCGAAUUCCCUCAUGUUGAAAGAUACUUUUGGAAUAUGGUUAAUCAACCAAAUUUCAAGAAGGUGUUGGGUGAAAUAAAACAAACGGAGUCUGUUCCACCUGUUUCAAAGAAGCCUUCUCAGCCUGUGAAGCCCAAGGAGGAACCAAAGAAAGAGGUCAAGAAAGAACCAACAAAGCCUAAAGAAACACCUGCACCUGCAGAGGAAGAAGAGGCACCCAAGCCAAAGCAAAAGAAUCCUCUUGAUCUUCUUCCUCCUAGUAAGAUGGUACUGGAUGAGUGGAAGAGGCUCUACUCUAACACCAAAACCAAUUUCCGCGAAAUUGCAAUUAAAGGGUUUUGGGACAUGUAUGACCCAGAGGGGUACUCUUUAUGGUUCUGUGAUUACAAGUACAAUGAGGAGAAUACUGUCUCAUUUGUGACCAUGAACAAGGUUAGUGGAUUCUUGCAAAGAAUGGAUCUUGCUAGGAAGUAUGCAUUUGGCAAGAUGUUGGUGAUCGGAUCAGAACCCCCAUUCAAGGUCAAAGGUUUGUGGCUCUUCCGUGGACAAGAAAUCCCACAAUUUGUUUUGGAUGAAUGUUAUGACAUGGAACUUUAUGAGUGGAAGAAGGUGGAUAUCAACAACGAGGCUCAAAAGGAGCGUGUCAGUCAAAUGAUUGAAGAUUACGAGCCUUUCGAAGGAGAAGCUUUAUUGGAUGCCAAAUGCUUCAAGUGAUGGGUGUGUUUUAUGGCUAAGGAGGUUAUGUAGUUAGGCUUUUAGUAGGUUUUGCAGGAUGUUAGUUAUCUAAUAGACGAUAUCGAGGUGCUUUACUGGGUUGUUUUUUUUUUUUUUUUUUUUUUGACAGCUCACUUUACUGGGUAAUGACUAGGUUACCUUGAGUAAGUUUUGAAAUUGACAAUAUUAAAUGUAUGAUUUUGCCGUAUAUCAUGUAAAGUGUAACGCGACCAACGCAUGCUUUGCAUGUUCAGUUGUUCUA